AUGGCGUCCACCUUCCUUCACCAGGCGUUAUUCAUGCUCCCGAAGACUGCAGCUCAAUCCCAACCGACGAACCUUGCCUUCUCCGCCGCCGUACCACGUCCGACGCCCUACUCCGGAGCGUUGGUUUCUAGGCUUCCAGCCACCUCGUACGGAUUGGGUUUAUUCCGAAGGGGUGAAAAGUGCUCUUUCAUCGUUAGAGCUGAAGCAGAUGCCGAUGUCGAAGAAAGCGAAGCCAAUGCGGAAAGUGUCGAGGAUGAAGAGGAGGCUGAGGUUCUGUCCGACGACAAGCCACCUCCGAAACCAAGAAUCAAACUUGGAGAAAUUAUGGGGAUACUGAAUAAACGAGCGAUUGAAGCUUCGGACAAGAAAAGACCUACACCGGAUCUUCGGACCGGUGAUAUUCUGGAAAUCAAACUGGAAGUACCUGGGAACAAGCGUCGGUUGGCUGUAUAUAAAGGGAUAGUCAUAUCGAAGCAAAAUGCUGGCAUCCACACUACGAUUCGUAUUAGGCGUAUCAUUGCUGGAGUUGGUGUUGAGAUUGUGUUCCCUGUAUAUUCGCCACUUAUUAAAGAGAUUAAAGUGGUCAGCCACCGGAAGGUCCGUAGAGCCAGGUUGUACUAUCUGCGAGACAAGCUUCCAAGGUUCUCAUCUUUCAAAUGA